AUGUUCUCUGCAAUGGCAGCCCCCGAUCAGACCACCUCAGCCUUGUUCGUUGCGUUUGAUCGAAACAAAGACGGCCGGCUCUCCUACGAGGACCUUCGUCAGGGAUUCAAUAAGUCCGGAUACAGGAUCAGUGGGGAGGAGCUGAAAGCACUGGUUGAUAGGUUUGAUACUGAUGGAGAUGGGGCCCUGGACUUCCCCGAGAUGUUGACGGUGAUGGCAUGUUUACACAAGUCAAACAAGGCAAGGGAUGAUCUUUACAAGAUAUUUAACGCUAUGGACGCCAAUGGAAACAGGCAGAUCAGUAAAAAGGAAUUGCAGACAUCGUUGGCGUUGUAUUGCGAUCAGAAAGUUUCAGACGAAGAAAUGGACGAAAUAAUGUCCCAGGUCGACUUUGAUAAUGACGGGUAUAUGUGCUUCAAAGAGUUCUCAAAAUGUAUUCAUCUCUUCAAAAAAUAAAGAAAACAAGAAUUAAUGAAUCAUCUUUUGAGUCAGACCCUAUCAGAAAUAUAAAAAGUAAUACAUUGUGUGUGAACGAUAUCGCUGUUUUACCUUGCUAACCACUACAACCAAUAACAACCUACAACUUAAACCAGAUGCACCAAAAUAGGGUGUUCAA